AUGGAGUAUUUUAAGUUUUUCCCAGAAGAGAUUAGAAUAGACAUACUCAGCCGACUACCAGCUGAAUUUGUUUUCCAAUGCAAAUUAGUAUGCUCAAAUUGGAGACUUCUGGUUCGUCAUCCAUCAUUCUAUCAGAUGUAUUUACAUCAUCUUUAUCAUCCUUAUGAUUCUCCUGCAGCUGCUCAUUCUGGUAAGAUGAAUUUCAUUGCUUUUACUGAUACUGAGUGGAAAUACACUUCAAAAUAUCACUACAUUGAAUAUGAUAAUGAGUCAACACCACCGAUUCAGAGAAUUAGAAGAAUCAAUUUAGCCCUUCCGUGUAAGCAUUUUUGGUUUGUUGGUUCUUGUAAUGGUUUGAUCUGUCUUAUUAGUCGAUCUGUUUGUAUUUGUAACCCAGUCACUAAGGAAUAUGUUUUGCUUCCAAAAAUUGAGAGAGAUGGUUGUGGUAGUGAUCCGUAUACUUGUGGGAUGACAACUAGCUUUGGUUAUGCUUCUUCAACCAAUGAGUAUAAAGUUGUAGGAAUUUAUGUGGCGAAGCACAAUUCUCUGCAAAUCCACAUUUACACUCUAGGCAGUGGCAGUGGAUGGAGAAACCUUGGAAACUUCACUAAUGAGUUUAUUUUAUUACAAUUUUAG